AUGACAGCCCAGGCGUUCAACCUCUGGGCGGGAGGCCAGGAGAAGCCGGGCCAUGCAGAGCACUGUCACGCCGCAUCCGCUGAAGAUGUCGACGAAGCCAUCCGCAUCGCGCACAAUACGUUCAAGGCCGGGACCUGGUCCAAGGCCCCCCGCCACGUCCGGGCCGAGGUCCUCGAUAAGACGGCGGAGCUCCUCACGGCGGAACUCCCUUCGCUGAUCCCCCUCGAGGUGCAACAGACCGGACGCGCGAUACGCGAGAUGCGCGCGCAGGUGCCCACGCUCGUCAAGUGGUUCAAGUAUUAUGCUGCGCUGCUGCGCACCGAAGAGCGUGCGGUGCUCCCGACCGUAGGAAAGCUGCACAAUUGGAUUGAUCGCGUGCCCCUUGGCGUCGUUGUGCAGAUCACCCCCUUCAACCACCCGCUGCUCAUCGCUGUCAAGAAAAUCGCGCCGGCACUUGCCGCGGGCAACAGUGUCAUUGUGAAGCCCAGCGAAUUGACGCCCCUCACCACGCUGCUGCUCGGCAAAAUCCUGAAGCAGGCGGGCGUGCCUGACGGUGCGUUCAGCGUGCUGCCCGGCUACGGCGCGACGACGGGUAAAGCGCUCGUUGAGCACCCCCUCGUCCGCAAGGUGGACGUCACAGGCGGGACGGUGGCAGGCAGAGCCAUCGGGUCAAUCGUGGGCGGCAAUCUGGCGCGGUACACGGCAGAGUUGGGAGGAAAGGCGCCGCUGGUCGUGUUUGAUCAAGCCGACAUUGACGUCGCAGUAAACGGCAUCGCCUUUGGAUCUUUCAUCGCCAGCGGACAGACGUGCGUCGCGAGCACGAGGAUUCUGGCAGAGGAGAAGACCCUGCAGACGUUGCUCUCGAAGCUGAAAACGAAGACGGAAUCCAUCACGCGACGCAUGGGGUCCCCGAGCAACCCAGAAUCCAUGAUGGGACCGCUCAUCUCGGCGAAGCAGCUGAAGAACGUGGAGGCGCUUGUGGACGAUGCGCUUGCGACGGAGGGCGAGGCGCUGGUUGGGGGUCGUCGCAUGUCUGGCACGAGCGGACUCGACGGGACUGAUUUCUCAAAGGGGUACUUUUACGAGCCGACGGUGCUGGUGUCCAAGUCCGGAGGCGACAUCCUCAAGACGCGCAUCUGGCGGGAGGAGGCGUUUGGGCCGGUGAUUGUGGUGGCGGCAUUCAAGACGGAGGAGGAGGCCAUCGCACUGGCAAACGACAGCGAAUUCGGACUGGGAGCGGGCAUCUGGACGCGGGACGUGGCGCAGGCGUUUCGAGUGUCGGAGCAGAUUGAGGCAGGCAUCGUGUGGGUGAACACGCACCAUCGAAACGAUCCUAGCAGUCCGUGGGGUGGCGCGAAGAGCGCGAGCGGCGUUGGCAGCGAGAACGGCAUCGAUGCGUACCAGGCGUACACGACGACUAAGAGCACCAUCAUCAGCUUUGCGAGCUCCGAAGAGGCGUUGGCGACGGAUGACUGGUUCCGAGAGGGUGCUGGCGAUGUGCGGUAUGGAUAG